AUGGAAAACGCCUCUGCGCUCGGGAGCGCCUUGCGUUCCGGGCACUAUGCCUCCAUUCUCCUCUCCGGACCAUCGGCGGGUGAAUCAACUCCGGGCUCGGCCUCCGCAUCUUCCGCCCCUGCUCCGGUGGCCGGGGCCUUGAUACAAGCUUUUGCCGCCCACUUGACUGGUGCUGCUGGCUCCAGCCCGGUUCCGGAUGCCGACGUCGCCCAGGUUCUCUCUGUUGGCGUCGCCGCCUUGAAUGCCUUCCUCCAGGUCAACGUCACCGGCCCCAUUCUCCCCGAGUCGGAUGCCCUCAGCGCCCGGCUCACCAAGGCAUGGGCUGAUGCUCAGUCGGAUAGCUCAAAAGGUACUCGGGAUCAUCUUCACAAGGCUUGUCUCGGCGACUUGGAAGUUGACGGCGUGUCACCCUACGCUUACAUCCCCCAUCUGGAACUGUUCGCCCUGGCGAGGUACAUUAUUGCACAAUCGCUCAGCCAGGCCAGCAGCGAUGUGCUUGAGGUUCCCUCCGAUGAGCAACCGCUCAAGUACAGCCUUGCGUGGACUAGACUCCGUGUUAAUGUAUGGCACUACAAGCUCUUGACGCAACCCAGUCUUGGACCAGGCUCCAACUUCACCCGCAGCUCUCAGUGGAGUGACGUGCCGACCCUGGCAUCCCAAAUUCUCGACGGCAUCGAUGCCGUGCGGUCACAGAUCGUUGGUGAGGAGGUAUGGGCCUCGGGUGACGAUACCUGGAGCCGCGAAGACAAGGUCCAGUUCCUUGUUGAAGCAGCCAACAACUAUAUCUUGCUUGGCCGGGAUGACAAAGCCAAGGAAGUGCUUCAGGAAGCCACCCAGACCAGCGGUUUUGCAUAUGCGCUCUCUGGUGCUCUUGGAAAGAGAACCAAGUUCCAGGAGAAGAACAUCAGCCAGCUGGUCGUGCUGGCAAAGAGUGGUGCUGAACAGCAGACGGAUGCCGGUGAUGAUGAAGCUAAGCCGGAGGCUCUCCAGCUUAACAACGACACAUUGCUAGAGGAAAUCCACUUCAGCAAGGAAGAACAUGGAAAUGACAAGAAGGCCACACUCCCUGCUGCCUUGGCGGAUCUCGCACCUGAUGAUCAGCCUCAGCUCUCACCCCUCGACCAGAUCAUCCUCCUCACUGAGGCUACUCUCAAGGACGCCUUUUCGCCUGUAGACACUUUGACAUCCGCUGAAGUGCUACCGUACGCCGUGCGUGUCAUUUCAGACAAGUCCACCAACUGGCAGAUCUAUACCCAGGCGUUGCUGGUCCGCUCCCGGAUAGAAGUUCACCGCAGCCGAACUCUUGAGCGCGGUGUGCUUCAACUACAGGCUGUUUCCGAUCAGGUUCUGACUGACACUACGGCCGAAGCUCAGCAUAAGGCUGAGGCAAAGGAGGAGGGUACCGAGACGGAUGCUCCAGCUAUCCAGGUCACAACCCCUGAGCAAGAUACAAGAUCGCUUCAGAGCAAGCCUACAACCUUCCUUCCAGCUCCCAAGGCCUCAGAGUCUGCACCAGCGCAUGUGCGUCUCCAGUACAUCCAUGCCCUCUCUUCCCCCCCACGAUGGCACCUAGAGUCCGAGCUCGCCUACGCCUGGGUCGGUGUCGGUUCUUUGGCCUCGGCCCUCGAGAUCUUCAAGCGUCUGCGUCUCUGGGCUGAAGUCGCCCUGUGUCUCGCUACUGCCGCAGCAACCGAAGAUGAGGACGGCCGUGGCAGCGGCGGCGAGGAAAAGGCCAAGGGCAUCCUUCGAUGGAGGUUGUUCCAUCGCACAGGAGACGCCGCAUCUCCAUCAGACCCUGACGAUGAGGAUAUCGGCGACGACGUGACACGCCUCAAGGGCUCAGACUUUGAGGGCCCUGAGCGAAAUCCUCCACCACCCAACGCUCCCCGCCUGUUCUGCAUCCUGGGUGACACCGAGAACGAACCGGCUCACUACGAACGCGCGUGGGAGAUCUCCAAACACCGCUACGCCCGCGCCCAAAAGUCUCUCGGUGAGCACUACCUUCAGAACAAGGAGUGGGAAAAGGCUCGCGACGCCUACAAGAAGGCCACGGCCGUCAACCGUCUCAGCCCUGAGAUGUGGAGUCGUCUUGGAGACAUCAACCUGCGCCUCGCGCAGUUCGGUGAUGCUGCCGAGGCCUUCAACCGGUCCAUUGCAUCCGCGAGCGAUACAGCUGGAGGCGAAGAUGCUCGAACGUGGAGCAACCUGGGCAGUGCGCUCUGGAGUCUCUACUGCGAAGUCAGCGCCGAACCCAAGGAUGAGACUGCGAAAGAGGUUGUUACUCAAGCACCUGCCGAGGACGAAGAAGAUGACGUCGUCGCCGCCGUAUCUUCCAAGCCAUCAGACCGCGAUCCAGCGACUCUCUUGGCUCAGUCUCUUGCUGCCUACAAGAAGGGCGCCUCCAUCGCCCACGAUAACUGGCGGAUCUGGGACAACGUGCUCACCCUGGGUUCGCGAAUGCGACCUCCUGCGUUGAACGACAUGAUUCUUGCUCUCAAUCACAUCAUCCGCAUCCGUAAAUCCGAGGAUGCCAUCGAUGUUGAUGUCGUCAGCGCCCUGCUCCAAGAUGCUGUCCUCUCUGUCGAGAAGACCAGCUCAGGCGUCUACGAUCCCCCUCGCGGUUCCCCCGAGAGAUUGGUCAUGAGACUUUUCGAGGAAGAGAUGGUGCCCCUGAUUACGCAGCGCUCAGAACUGUGGACGCUCGUCUCCCGUCUCCGCGCCUGGAGGAGAGACCACGCCGGUGCUAUUGAGGCAGCGGAGCGAGCAUGGCGUGCGGCCGUGGGAACCGCUGGAAGUGGCCUCUUACCUGGUGCGGCAUCUACGACGGCCGAUGAGGCGCGGGACUGGACCGUCGACGAGGGGGCGUGGUUGAUCGUAGUUACAAGGACCGACGAGCUGGUGUCGAUGCUAGAGAACUGGGGUCCCGACGUCGAGACCAUCGGCACAAAGUGGAAGGGCAAGGCUAGGAGCGCGAUAAGGAGCGUCAUGGGUAGGGGUCGGGAGAAUUGGGAGGGGAGUGAAGGAUGGAAGCUGUUGGAGAGCUUGAUGGAGGGUUUGAAGACCUCCUGA